AUGGCGACUGCAGGCGAGCCGUGGCUUGAAGGCCUUACAGACGACUGGAUCGCAUCGUCCCGACUGUCCAUUGCUUCACAUACUCCGCUCCCACAGUUCGGAGAAUCGCAACAAGGGCCUUCGGAGUCGAACAGCCCUUGUACUUCGGCACCUCUUCAGCCUAUUUAUUCUUACGCGCCGAUCUUCUCUGAACUGUCUUUAAACAUUUCUCAGCACGCGAAACCCCACGGCGAUGCCUCAGCACCAAAAUCGCCAUUGGACACUGCUACAAUGAAUGUGAAGCCUUGCCAGGGGAAUGAAAGGGGAAAUACACCAGAGUGGAAAAGGAGACUAUUGAGAGGCGAUCUUGUUGCUUCUGGAGACGGCGACUUAUUUGGUCCAACCGAGCUUCAGAAAUUAUUUACACCACCGAAUACUUGUGAAGCCAGAGAGCAAGCGGUGCUGCCAAAACGAGAUGAACGCAUUUGUUCUUUUUCAAAACCAAAACUAUCUGGAAUAUCGCAAAGGUCGAAACUUCUUAGGUCAUGGGACAAGGAAAACAUCAAUCUUACCUGGAUGGAGAGGAUGUCCGAAGUCUCGCCCGCUGAUAUUACGCGACUAUUGCAGAGCAGCCAAUUGAGCAUCAACGAAUGUGACGUUGCCCGGCUAAAGCGAGACUUUUCCAAUCUUAGCCUUAGCUCCGCGGGGCUGUCCAUUGAACAUCUCCCGGGGUGGUCAGCGAGUAGUCUCGAAGAGACCACGGGUGAAGCAGCUAGCCCCAUACCAUUGUCGACAGGCAUUUCGUCGAACCAUCAGCAUCUACAUAUUUGUAGACCAACGUCGAGCGCGAGCGACACCAUCUUUAAUUCACACCUUGAACCGGCCGACGGCCGUCCCGACACAGACGAUUCACUAGAAAUAACAAGCCAAUCACUACCCGAAGGCCUGACUAUGGGAACGCAUGAGUUUGCUACUGCUGGUGGAUUCGGAAACAUGCAUAGAGGUGGCUGCCUGGCCAGCAAUUCCUUCCAGAAACGCUGGCUAAGCCCGUCUUUAGCCGGGUCAAAUUUGCCUUCCUCUAUUGCAGCUUCGCGGUAUCAGAAGUCUACGCGCAAAGGCGAAUCACGAGGCAAGCGAGGGCUCACAAAACUCCCCAGCCCCUUUACUCCCAAGAAGCAGACCGGCGUUUCGCGUGAGCACAGCCAAACUCCCAGUACAAGUGCCAUGAAGUCCUCUGGUAGCCCACUCAAGCUAUUUGGUGAUUACGAUACGUUUACCAGUAAUAAACUUCUUCGUCGAAUGAGCCAGUUCGAAGAAACGUUUGAGGCGACGAUUGAAGAAGGGCCAUCCUGCGCCAUCGAGUCAGACGGCCCCAGCGAAUACCAGGCAGAUUCCCAUAUCCAUGAGGGAGUUGCACCACGUCCCUCUACAAACCCGUUCCCCUCCCCAAACAGCCGAAAACAGAGCGCGCCCCAUAGCUUCUCAAAGCUUGCGGACAAGAGAGGCCUAAACAGUCCAACGAAAAGCUCAUCCGCGAAAAGGAGGCGCACUUUAGUCCCGUCAGAUCACUCUAGCAAGGGGUGGCAUCAGCCUAUCAUCGAAUCAUCAGUGUUUAGUUCAGCACAAUCAAGCCCCCAGCAACUAGAGAUCAUUUCUGUACCUUCUCACACAGGUAGUGGAAGUAGAACUACAUCUUCCCAUCCAGGUCGACCUAAGAAUCCCACUCCAACACAGCUAAGGCUAUCCGAUAUGAAAUCCAACCGGCAUGAGUCAAAUGAUGAGCCAGCAUUGAAUAGAGAUAGUCUCCCGUUUUCGAGAAGCAUACAGCAGAAUCUCAGCGUGAAUGCGAUCAGGAAAGGCUCGAUUACCACCCAAGACUUUCUGAACGAAGCCACAAAGAUUAUGAAUCAUAUCCGGUCCCAUGGUGGCCGAAAAAGCGAACUACCUGGGCUAGAAGAAUCUAUAGCAGCCAGUGAUCGACACGCGCUGAGUGAAAUAUCAACACAAGAAGAGUUCUCACGGCCACCGAGCCGGGAAGGAGGCUGUUUACGCCGACAAAACCCACCAAAAGACCCUGAUCCGCAAAUUAUGAGUCAUCUGAAAAAGUUUGAAGAUACUGAUGAGCUGGAUGUUUUUAUGGGCACCUCUGUUAUGUCCCUGCAUCUUAAAUCGCGACAGUCGGGCAGUAAAUGGCAGGGAAAUGGCGGAACAGAAACUCGGGCCGACUUGACGAGCGGACAGCUACAAGAGGGACUAAACAGCUUACCACGGAGGCAAAUGAAUCAAUUUUCUACGAAUGACUUGGGGUUAUCAAAUGAGGAUUUUAAAACUGUCACGUCAACUGGAAGCAUCCCUACAGGCUCUACAGGGAGUGCAAAGGCCAAAGGGAUAAUAUCGUCACAAAUGGUAUCGCAUUUGAUUCCUGAAAAGGUUGGGGUCAUGACAUAUGAUCGCAUUCGUCACAUGUGGAUAAAAGGUCGUCUAAAUCAUAACAAAAAUUUCGCAUCAUUCAUUAGCGAGGACGAUCCAUUUGGAGAUAUUCCAGACCUCAGUAUUGAUGAACUACGGGAAUAUAUGGCAGCGGAAAAUUCCCCUUGUGAUUUGGUGAAACCUGGGGUAUAUAGCGAUACGACAAACAUGAAUAAAAAUUCAUGCCAAAAUCAGACAGAUAAAAUCUCAGGAAUGACUGGCUUGCCGCCACAGACCCAGGGGAGCAUUUACAACCCCCCAUUGGACACAAGUAGUGUGCAAUCCAAGUCCACCAGCUGCACUUCUAACGAGCCCCGGCCCGGGACAAGAGCAACAUCAUGGGCUACUUCUGAUCUUGGAAUUCCAUCCAUCCUUGCAGUCCGGCCAGAAUACGCUGAUUCUCAGCAAAGGAGAGUACCAGAUGUAAAAUGCAGUACUCCCCCCGGAAAUAAGUCACCCAUUUCAUUGCGUACCAUCAGCAAUGAUAGAAAAAACGUGAGCGUGGGCACUACAUCUCGAGAUACAGCUCAGACCCAUAAUACCAUACCCCUUGAGGUCACGACAGACCAACCAAAUUCAAACGACAUAGUCGACUUGCCACGAAAAAUGAACAGAGAAGACCCUAUUCAAUACCAGCACUCCCUUUCGCAAAUAAUUUUCCCCCAGACCUUCCGCCUCAGCGGAACUCUAGCUAGAAACGGCGCCUAUUGCACUACUGAGCAUAAUGAAAGCAACCUCUUACGAGAGCAGGUCGAACAAGAGCUUUCCGUUCUUCCUGUCCAAGAUGAAUUCUCUUUGCUAGCAUCGAAUUCCCAUCACGAUGCGAGCUACAGCUUUCACAUGAGCCCUCUAGCAGAAUUUACAGUUAACCAAAUCGAUGAAUCUAUGAGGCUAGAAGUUAGCUACGUAGCUGAAAGAACACAUCCCCAUUCUCUUCGUCAAGUCCAUGGUACAUUUACUCUGGCGGUUGAAGAAUUAAUCAAACACAUCACAGAUGUGGAGCCUUAUGAAGUGUAUUGGGAGCAUUUGCGCAGACUACACCUUCAGGGUAAAAAACUCAUUACACUGCUUCGUCUGAACAAAUACUGCUCCAGACUUGAGGAACUUGAUGCAUCAAAUAAUAACAUAGGUCAACUCAGCGGGGUUCCAACGAGUAUGCGCAGCCUAAACAUCUCGCACAACUUUCUGUCAAACUUGACUGCAUGGAGUCAUCUAUCCAAUCUUCAAUACCUCGACGUAUCGCACAAUCAUCUUGAGAACCUGGAUGGUCUAUCAGGAUUGAUUCAUCUGAGAAGCCUGAACGUGAAUAAUAAUAGGCUCAGAUGUAUCAAGGGUAUUCUUGGCCUAGACGGCCUUUUGACCCUAAAGGCCAGGAACAACUUGCUGACUUCUCUGGACUUUAAAGGCUCUGACCUGGUUCGCCUGAGUAAUCUGGAUCUGAGUGGUAAUCAUAUUUCGAGCAUUGCAAAUAUCGAUACUUUGAGCGCGCUCGAAAAGCUCAGUCUGGGGCGGAAUGAGAUUCGGGAAAUGUUCAUCCCAGGCACAUUACAGCAUUUGCGAUGGCUGAAGUUGUCAUACAACCAUCUCCUAAAUCUUGAUGUUUCGCCUUUUCCAGCGUUGCAACUGUUAUACCUCGAUUGCAACCACCUAACCACGAUUGAUAAACUUGAAACAUGCCCGCAUCUCGAAACUUUGUCAAUUCGAGAACAGACUGGAUUCUUCGAGAGCAAUAACAUGGUGGAACCCCUUGCAGUCGACUUCGAUCUGUCUUCAAACCUCUCAAUCCGCAAGGUUUACCUAUCGUGUAAUAGAGUCUCAAGUGAGAUGCUGUCUCCCGCCUGCCCUAUCUCGACGCUCCAAUUUCUCGAUCUUGCAUCCUGUGGGCUAGACGAGCUUCCAGAGGGGUUUGGGAAAAGCUACCCGAAUCUGAGAUCGUUGAAUCUCAACUUUAACGCUCUGUCGAAUAUCGAUUCACUUAGCGGGAUUUCCCGACUUUCUCAUUUGUCUCUCGUUGGAAACAGGAUUUCCCGACUUCGAAAAUGUUGUCAAACCCUCAAAACUGUGGGUGGAUUGAAAGGGUGUUUGACCAAGGUAGAUCUGAGAGGAAAUCCGCUUACUGUUGGGUUUUAUCCUUCUCCAGUAUCUGGAAACGGACGUUCAGCAGGGGUGAAGACUGACAAUCUUUUCACGCCUAAAUCCCAUCAGCUUACGAGACGCGUUGUGGUGGAGGACGAUACUGCUGAUGAUAAUGAUGCCCUUGCGCCACUCGGCGGAUGUGUUGAUGUCGCUCGUGUCGAGCAUGGGGACCACGCAUCUCUCACUCGACCAGGAUUUGAAGACGUUGAGGUUGAGAUCGAUGACCCCUACACGGUCCCCGCAGCAAAUUCAGCUGCCGAUAAGAAAUACCUGGCGCAUCUCGACGAGGCGACCAAGCUUCGACGGCGAGUUGUCGAGCUGAUGGUCCACGCCGCCACAUGCAGCCGGCUGAAGGUACUGGACGGCCUUCAUGUUGAGGAGAGAGAUGCCGGGCAUCUGAAAAAGGACUGGGUCUGGGAACGGCUGGUUGAACUGGGAGUUUUGAAGAAAAAGGCGCAUUGA